CCUACUUCCGAAGACAAGGCCCACGCCAAGAUGCCCCCCAAGGAGCAUGGAUCGAAUCAUCACCGCCGUCAUCAUCGUUCGAAAAGUCCCCAGAGGCAUCGCCGUCACGAGAGUCCAAAAAAGAAAGAUAGUAAUGGGGAUAAGAAACCUGCUGGUGCCAAUCGUACCGGUCGAAGCCCCAGUCCAAUCAACGGGGUAGCAAGGAAACAACCUCAUGGUCAGAAGGAUCUGGAAGAAGGACGAGGAGGAGAUGACGAUGAUGAUCUGAUGGCUCUCAAGUACGUAAGAGCUAGAAUGGAGACCAUGGCAUCUGAUUCCGAUGCUUCAUCAGUUGGGGAGAACCAAGCCGCCAUUCCUCCAGCUCUGGACGAGGAUGCAGAGGCCAAAAUGAAGGCUCGACCACCACCACCAGCUAAUGGACAACCACAAUCUGCAAUAGUACCUCAACGACCCGGUGCUUACAAGGGAGCUCCCGGGGAAGGAUUGCAGCGCAACAGCGACGUCCGAUAUUCCCGAAUCAAUGUACCGUUGGACUUGGGCAGCAGCAGCAAAAUUGCUUCCUUCAAGAGCAGUUAUACUACAACAAGUCCUCCCCAUCAACAAUCUUCUACCGUUUUUUCUUCUUCCAUGCGAGCAGAAGAACCGGGAGCCUUGGCAUCCAUUCCGGACUAUGACAACAUUCCUCCUCCCACAGAACCCUUGACCAUUCCCGCAGAAAGCAAUGUCAUGAUUAGUGCCACAUUGGUCGAGAAUGAAGAUGUAGUCACGGCCGAAAAGGCACCGGAAGAUUUUGAAGCACUACGACAAAACAGUAAAACUAAAUACGUGAUGGCAUGCAUUCUGAUGGUCCUCCUCGCUUUGGGGAUCCCCAUGGUGGUGGUGUUGACCACCAAGAAAACCGAAGAGAUUUUGGUACGCCCCAACAUUACAGUGCUGAUUUGCGGGACGGCCAGCACCAAUCAAGCCGACUAUCGAGGACGACAGAAUACCAGUGAAACGGGCAUUCCCUGUCAACGAUGGGUCUCACAAUUUCCCAACAGCCACAAUUACUCGCCCGAGAGAUUCCCCGAUGCCAACCUUUCCGAAAACUAUUGUCGCAAUCCCAAUGGCGCGAGUCGGGCGUGGUGCAUUGCCAACACGGCGGGAGGUCCCACGAGAAAGCUAGAUUGCGACGUACCAUUUUGUGAUGCCAUAGAUGGCACGAUCAAUGUCAAUCUUUGUGGUACCCUCCGGGGCAAACGACAAUCGGACUACCGGGGAACCAUCAAUGUGACCAAUCAAGGAGUGCCCUGUUUGCCGUGGAGUAUGUGGCAAUUUGCCGACCAAUACGCGGGUUUGGAGGAAAACUAUUGUCGCAAUCCGACACAAGAGUCUGCGGCGUGGUGUUUUGCGGGCAACCAAACAACUCCGGAGGAAGUGUUCUUUAGUUACUGUCAGGUGCCACUGUGUGAAGUUUUGUAUUACGAGGAACCCAAGAAAAAUGUCACCGCCGAGAUGGAAGAAGGUGUCGGGGGUGACGACAAGACGACUUGUGGGACACUCGCGUUGGCACAGGCUGAUUACAGGGGGAACACCAACCGGACGGCAUCCGGAUUUGUUUGUCAGCCAUGGGAUGAGCAAACGCCUCAUGCGCAUACUAUAACGCCCGACAAGUAUCCUUUUUUGGGGUUGGAAGAGAAUUAUUGCCGCAAUCCAGACGGAGAGGCGAGGACCUGGUGUUAUACAAUGAACCCACUCAAGCGGUGGGAUUACUGUUCCAUACCAGGCUGUAGCAGCGACAAUUUGACACAGUGUGGAACCUACGACUGGCAUCAAAGUGAUUAUGUUGGGACUAUCAAUGUCACCGAGACUGGGAUUGCCUGUCAGCGUUGGGACAAUCAGGAUCCACACUAUCACUUCAACUUGCCGGCUCUUUGGCCCGACAAGAACUUGAAAGAGAAUUUCUGUAGGAAUCCAACCGAUGAUGAAAGGGCUUGGUGUUACACUUUGGAUCCAGCUGUUGUGUGGCAGUACUGUGAUGUACCCUAUUGCACUUCCGAAGAGGAACGAGCCGAGAGUUUUACUUGUGGCAGUCGGAAAUCACUACAAUCGGACUAUCGUGGGACUGUAUCUGUCACGAAAAGUGGUCGGCGUUGUCAGGAUUGGUCCUCUCAAUUCCCGCACAAGCAUGACUUGCUACCCUCAGAACAGCCUUAUUUGGAAUCGAAUCAUUGCAGAAACCCAGAUGGGAAUGAGCGGGCUUGGUGCUUCACUGAGGACUUGAAUCAGAGACACGAGCACUGUGCUGUUCCCUUCUGUGAGGAUAUCAGCGAAGCCGAUCCGCAGGAAAUAGACGAGGAACUUAGUUGUGGGAACUGUACAGAGUGCGGUUUAGAACAGGACAACCAGAGGACUUACAGAGGCAAUAUCAACGUGACAGCCUCUGGAGUGUCGUGCCAGUCUUGGUCGGCUCAGUCUCCACACAUGCACAGCCGUACCCCAGAUGUCUAUCCUGAGGCUGGGCUGGAUGGGAACAGCUGCCGCAACCCAGACGGAGAAGAUAUGGCUUGGUGCUACACAACUUUGGAGGAGAGGAGAUGGGCCUAUUGUGCCGUUCCGUUUUGUUCAUGAGUAGGGCAAACGUAGGAGACUUGACGACAACCAACCACCACGGAAUAAUGGUGAGCAGUGACGGCACGUUCGAUACUUUGCUUCCGCGGUUGAGCGGUCGCUAGCCCACCGGGCCAACAGCACAGUGCUUUGCAAUCUCUUGGGCAGGUCAUAGUGACGGAAGCUGUGUUCGCCUCGUUUCUGGCUAAGUUGUCAGGUUGUGCUAUUGCCGAAUGACGGUCGAAGCGGGUACAGACAUCGAACUGUAGCAACGUUUAAACUAAAACGAAGCCAAUUGCGUGCUCCGUUCCCCCAGCCCCCUUCUCCAACAGCCUUGCCCAAGUUUUGUCUAUGGGUUCUACCGGUAAGCUUUGCCUGACGCUGUGAUCAAUCCACAACUAUUAAUAGCCAAAGUAAGGUACCGGUAUCACAAUCGAUACCACUAUAAAGCUGACUGUCGCUGUCCUGCAACAAUAUUCUAAAUUGCAUAGCCUUUACAGCAUCACAUCCUAAAACUCAGAUGGACCAUCAUCUGUACUCAAGGGAGAAUAUGAAAUUAACAACCCAACAUGAAAAAGGUCUCUAAGCUUGCUUCUCAGCCUUUUCUGCCGCACGAGCCUCUUCAUCUUCGGCAAGAGCUUUCUGGCUCAAUUCAAUGCCUGCGACAACCAGAGAAAUAUCUGGUGCAGAUCCGGCAACAACCACAGCUGCAACUGACUUGGCUUCGUGUGUAACGUUGCCAUCUCCAGUGGACCAAUCCUUACCAUCAUCCUCAUCGAUUAUAGGGACUUCGACCUCCUCAAUUGCAUAUCCAGCAAAUUCAUAGCCGGAUCCUUCCAAUGCAUACACAGUGAUGGGAAGACUCUCUGGUGGAUCUUUUCGAGGAGCACGUUCAAGAUACGCCAAUAGGUUGGGUGCCAGCGACGAAGAGUUGGUGAUGAUACGGACACUUGUCCUGGUUCCUGGUACAUGGCCCUCUGGGCAGUAAAGGUGGUCCGACAAAGACAACAAAUCUCUUGUUUGUUCAGAGCUAGCAUCAAAUGCUGAAAAUUCCAAACUUUCAGAGCCGGCUUCAGGCAUUUUUGAUGCAGCAGCCGCCUUGAUCUGAAAAAGAACAGGAUAUAGUAUCCAACAAACCACACAAAAAGAAUGAGCUCCCAACUCCAAUCACCAAUAAUCCAUCAAUUUUCCAACCCACCUUAAGAGGCAUUGAACCAGGAGGAGUCAAGCCGGCAACUCUCAAGUCCAGCGACUUUGUGAUGCGAAAAGCCGACUGUUGAAGCGGUGUCACCCCAUCUUUGUUGAGGCACCAGUUGAAAGCAUAAACUUGCCCUGGGUACUCAUUCGGGAAUGCUGAAGCUUGUCCUACACGUUUGAUACUAUCAGGCAGUCCCUCAGAUGAUGCUAAGCAGAGAAAACAGAGUACAUUCAGUAGUUAGCAACGACUGCCAUCCGAUAUCUGUGUUUAAAAUUGCCUAUUUAAGAUAUACCAAUUUUCGUAUUGGCAGUAGGGAUCGACUUUGCACUCACUCACCAAAAGCCCUUGCUGCAGUCGAUCCCAGGAGCACUCUGUUCUUCCUUGCAGACAAGCCUCUGCGGACUAGCAGUGCGGCGGAUCGAGUGCUCAUGGUCGCUACCAAUUAUUGUGAAUGUUUGGAGGAGAUGAUGCCAACAAAAAACUGUUAC